AUGGGCACGGGCGCCGCCGGACAGUCGAAGAUCGCCUCGCGGACGAGUGGAUGCAGCGGCGCCCGCCAGGGGCUUUGUUUGCGCCUCACAAAAGCCGUCCCGCAGCAGCCGGUGGGCGGACGGUGGACAGACCGCGGCUACCAGCUGCCGUCCGCCUCCUCAGACCGCGGGCCGCCCACGCUGUGUUCGCGCAGAAAGGACGCACUUUUGCAAGGGACGCUAGUGGCACCACCUUUCACCGGCGAGCUGCCUCAGUUUACCCCGCUGCCGUUAGAUGGCAUAUGUGCCCUCAGCGCUCUAUCAUCUCACUGCUUGCUUUGUACAGGUCGUUGCGGCCGCGGCAGCCCGUGCGAGCAGCUGUGCUACGAACUGCACGACGGCAUGUUUGAGUGCGACUGCAGGCCUGGCUACGAGCUGCACCGCAACGGAUACAGCUGCCUCGAGAUGAACACGACGGACAGCAGCCUGGCGGGCAUGCACGGGCCGCUGGUGGCGCCCCUGGCGGCGGGCGACCGCGACGAGGACGUGCUGUACCAGAAGGACGCCAGCUUCUCGGCAGAGCUGGCGGCGGGGCCCGUGCCGGCGCCCGCCGUCUCCUUCACGGCGGCGCCGUGCACGCUGGACUGCGGCUCCGGGGGCACGUGCGUGCAGCCGGCGGAGGGCGCGCCGCCGGGCCAGCGCUGCCAGUGCCCGCUCGGCCGCGGCGGCCCGCGCUGCGAGACGGAGGUGGAGGUGCGCAGCCCGCGCUUCUCUGGCCAGAGCUGGCUGGCGUUCCCUGCGCUGCGAGCCGCGUACAAGCACGUCCAGCUGUCGGUGGAGUUCCGGCCGGAGGCAGCAGACGGUAUCCUCUUCCUGACCGGCGAGCGCGACGACAUGGCGGGCGACUUCAUGGCGCUCCUGCUCCACGCCGGCUACGUGGAAUUCAGGUUCGACUGCGGCUCCGGCCUGGGUGUGGUGCGGUCUGAGGAGACGGUGCAGCUGAACCAGUGGAACCGCGUGACGCUGUACAGGCACCGCUGGGACGCCUGGCUGCAGCUGAACAAGGGCCGCAGGGUCGAGGGCCGCUCCAAGGGCCUGUUCUCGCGCAUCACGUUCCGCGAGCCUCUGUUCGUGGGCGGCCCCGGCAACACGACGGGCCUGGCGGACAAGCUGCCCACCGAGGAGGGCCUGCGCGGCUGCGUGCGCCGCCUCAUCGUCAACGACCGCCUCUACAGCUUCGGACUGGCGCCCGCCGGAGACGCCGUCAAGGGCUUCGACGUCGAGGAGUGCGGCGGCGACGGCUGCAGCCUCAUCUCGUGCCAGCACGGCGGCAAGUGCCUGGCCACGGGCGACUCCGCCGUUUGCCUCUGCCCGCUCGGCUACCAGGGGGACUACUGCGAGACGCGCAUCGACCUCCAGGUGCCGGCGUUCAACGGGUCGAGCUACCUGCGGUACCCGGGCCUGGGCGGGUCUGCGCUCUCGUGGCUGGACCUGCAGAUCACGCUGAAGCCCGCGGCGCCCGACGGCGUGCUGCUCUACAACGGACACCGCGCCGACGGCGUGGGCGACUUCAUGGCCGUCUACAUGACCGCCGGACACCUCGAGUUCGCCUUCGACCUCGGCACCGGCGCCGCCACCAUCAGGAGCGGGGCGCCGCUGUCGCUGGGCCAGUGGCACGAGGCGGUGGUGUCGCGGACGGGCCGGCUGGCGGUCCUCCAGGUGGACGACCGGCCGCCAACGCAGGCCACGGCGCCCGGCGCCUUCACGCAGAUGACGCUGCCGCAGAACCUCUACAUCGGCGGCGUGCCCAACUUCGACAUGGUCUCGCCCAAGGUCAAGGUGCGCACCUCGUUCGUCGGCUGCAUCCAGAAGGUGGUGCUGAACGACCAGCCGCUGGCGGUGGUGGCGGCGGCGCUGGCCGGCGUCAACGUCGCCAACUGCGCGCACCCCUGCUCUGCGCGGCCCUGCGGCCCAGCGGCGCGCUGCGUGCCCGCCAGGGAGCGCUUCACCUGCGACUGCUCGCCCGGCCGCUGCCGUCCGCGGGACCCUAACCCCGCGCCGCGCUUCUCCGGCACUAGCUACCUGCACUUCGGCGACGCCGACACAGUACGACGGAUCGUGAGCUACAAGGUGAACAUCAACAUGCGCUUCCGGACGGGCGUGCCGGAGGGCGUGCUGCUGUGGAGCGGGCGGCGCGACGCGUCCUCGGCCGCCGACUUCCUGGCGCUCGGGGUCGCCGACGGAUUCCUGCACCUGCGCUUCAACCUGGGCAGCGGCGAGGUCGACAUCGUCUACAACGCCACGCGCGUCGACGACAACCUCUGGCACCGCGUCAAGGCCAUCAGGAACGAGCAAGAGGGUUCUAUUACCGUGGACAACGGACCGACAAUCAUCAAAAGAUCUCCAGGGAAGCUGAGACAGCUCAACACUAACACAGGGCUCUAUAUAGGUGGCAUGGAGGACAUCGAGCGCGAGACGCACGGCAAAUACCGCGUCGGCCUCGUCGGCUGCAUCUCAGACCUCAUCCUGGACGCCGACUACCGCGUCAAGCUGGUUGAGAUGUCCACCUCCGGCUGGGGCAUCGAGCGCUGCAACUAACCGCCGCCGGCACGACCACUCAGCGCCGCCGCCUGCAUUUCGUCCAGCUUUCGCCGUUCGGCCGACGAGGAACGAGUCCGAGGCCUCGCUUCGCCAACUCGACAGGCGACGUGGCUUCCACAGCUGCUGCAACGUCCAUACUCCCACCGAGACCUCUCGGCACGCUGAAGUCUGACGGUGCUCUGUCACGGAUAGAUCUCAGUCAUUGCCAAUCGCCAUCAGUGACGGCUUGUGAGGCGCUUCGGGCCGUGGCACGGUUUCUUGGACUCAUUUACGCACUGCAGUUUAUGAGAUACGCACUUGUAUUUGGCGCAGCAAAGUCGGCUUACUCGAACGCGCCAUCCGUGUUAAAAAUGCGAAGUGGUUGGUACUCAGAACUAUCAUCACUUAACAUCGUGACAGAUUAAACAUUGCACAAAGUACCUUGUUAUAGCUACAUUUGCCGCGAUUCUUAGAGCACUAACACACACACACCUGGAUCAAAUAAAUCUGAAACAUCUGUCCUAUCAGUUCCUUCGGUGCGUGAAUUAACAAGAUGGCAAGACGAAGUACAGCUAUUAUGUAUUAGAUGUUUAUUUGAAAUUACUUAUUUGAACAACUUCUUGUGGCUUCAGGAAGUUGGCAAGUCGCAGUAAAAUCGCACUAUAUUUUCAAGUAGUUUACCUCUUGCUCUGAUAGCAAAUCCUAUGCUCUGCAGAUUGGAAACUUAAUAUGUUUCCCGUUUCCAGUUCCGAAUCCCCAAUAAAAACUAUGCCACAAGAAUCACUUUAGAUAUCAAUUUGCGGGAUCUGUGCUGUUAAAUACACUUUCCGUGAUUAAUAUUCUGUACACACUUUGUGUACUUCACAUUUAAUAACCGAAGAUGUACUUACAUCGAAAAUAGAAAUGUUGAUUUCUUUGAGGAGAUGUUUUAACAUGUUAUUGUGACUGAUUCUCGUAAGCCGGAGGCGAAUAUGACGACGAAAUGCUUGCGACAUUUCAGUAAAUAAAUAAAAAAAAAUCGUUACGGAUCUGUUCGAUCUGGAAAAAAAGUCAAUACUGCGGCUCAUGCCACUACACUAUUUGGUGCAUCACGAUAAGAAUAAAUUUAUUAUUAUUAUUAUUAAUUACUAUAAAGAGAAACGCGAUGAUAAAGAGACCUCUAUCUACUUUUUUAUGAAGUGCUUUACAAAUAUUGCUUCCGAAUAAUGGCCUCAUUAUCGAUAAUUCAGUGGAGCGUUGUUCCAGAGAAGAAGUUCAAAUCUAAUGUUGCAUUUAAAAUCAGACGCACUGUUAGACGUGUACCCAAGAGAUAUCCUAUGUAUGUACACCAGCUGUUAUGAGUAUGGAAGGCUGUAGAUAAAAAAAAAAUGAAAAGACUGCUACCGAAAGAGAUAUAAACGUAUAUUCAAAACGUACGAUCAAGCGAAAUUAUACACACUCACCAAAGAACUUCUUUACGGAAGAAGAGGUGAUUAUACCUGUCGUGACUUCAUUUUAAAGUGAGCAGAAACUUCGCGUACGGUGAAAUGGUGGUUUAGAAUAUUGUGCGAGUGUGUAGUUAGCUUCAUUAUGAAUGUGGAGCAAAACAUUCCAGAUAAUUUUUUAAUGAAUUCAGUGUUUUAAAUAACAGCUGGAAAAAUGUAAUCUUUGUGUCAGUCCUGAAUCACUUAAGCUAAAACACAAAGUAAUUUGCACAUAAUUUAGAGAUUUUAGUUUAAUGUGUAUGACAAUGCUCUCAUGUAUGUAUUGUAUCUGAUUUCUCUGUGCUAUCAUUUCAGUAAUGUCUAUUUUCGAUACGCAGACUGACUGUGUAGACUGCGAACGACAUGUAUGUUUUCUAAGCACCAUAUAUAUACGUAUACAUAUAUCA